UAAUGAAUGGAAACACGUCGAAGCCAAGUAGAAAGUCAAGCAGCAGCUCCUCAAGCCACUUGGAAAGUUCGACUCGAAAAGCCCGCGGAAGGAAAAGCGGAUAUAUAUAGACCCGUUGUGGAAAAUAGCACCUAAGAAGACUGGACUGGAGACGCCUGAUUAAAUGGCAUUUGGACUUAAUAAAACGAGACUACUGCACUGUCAGUUUUUAGAUGGGAGAAGUGGACCGUUUGGAUUAUUACGUUGAUCGCGUCACUGGAAUGUUUUGGAAAAUUCUUUAAAUUAUUAUUGUUACCCCCACUUUGUUGUAUUUAAACACACUUUUUCAACGUGUUUUAUAAAGAGGAUACGGCACUGCAAGAAAAAAAAAUGGGUAAUAUUGAAAGUGUGGACGGCCAGUCAGAGAUGAAGCAUCAUAUAAUGCCCCUCAAAGUACCCAUGCCGGACCCCACCGAACUGGAGGAGAAGUUCGCCAUCGUUUUGAACUCUAUGAACCUUCCUCCAGACAAAGCACGGCUUCUCAGGCAAUAUGACAACGAGAAGAAGUGGGACCUAAUUUGUGACCAGGAGAGGUUUCAAGUGAAGAAUCCACCUCACACUUACAUCGAGAAAAUACGAGGUUACUUAGACCCCAGUGUCACCAGAAAGGUUGGGAACAACAAAAAUGCUAAAAGUGGACAUAAAUCAACACCCUUCUUUCUUUGUGUCUUCCAGAAGUUCCGCAGGAGGGUACAAGAGUCAACUAAAGUCUUAAGAGAGCUGGAGAUAUCUUUAAGAACAAACCACAUAGGGUGGGUGAGGGAGUUCCUCAACGAUGAGAACAGAGGUCUUGACGUCUUGGUGGAGUACCUCUCCUUUGCGCAGUGUGCUGUCAUGUUGAAUUUUGAGGGGCUGGAGAAUGGGGAGGAUGGCUUCUUGGAGAAGGCUAAAUCUUGGAAUAGAUCCAUAGAGGAUUUGCAUCAGCCCUUCUGCAACACACUGGUGCGCUCGGCCCGCCAGUCUGUCUUCCGCUAUGGCUCAGUCUCCAGCAGCAAAACGAUCAAGAACUCCCGACUUGUCAGCCAAAAGGAUGACGUGCAUGUGUGCAUCAUGUGCUUAAGAGCUAUUAUGAACUACCAGUAUGGCUUCAACAUGGUCAUGUCUCAUGCACACGCUGUUAAUGAAAUUGCUCUCAGUUUGAACAAUAAAAGCUCACGGACAAAAGCAUUGGUCCUUGAGCUGCUGGCUGCCGUCUGCCUUGUUCGAGGAGGUCACGAGAUCAUCCUGUCAGCGUUUGACAACUUCAAAGAGGUCUGUAAGGAGAAGCAUCGUUUUGAGCGCCUGAUGGAUAACUUCCGCAGUGAAGAGGGAAACAUCGACUUUAUGGUUGCCUGCAUGCAGUUCAUCAACAUUGUGGUCCACUCAGUGGAGGACAUGAACUUCAGAGUCCAUCUGCAGUUUGAAUUCACCAAGCUUGGCCUUGAUGACUACUUGGAGAAAUGCAAACACACCGAGAGUGACAAGCUGUCAGUGCAGAUUCAGGCAUACCUGGACAAUGUGUUCGAUGUGGGUGGUCUGCUAGAAGAUGCUGAGACCAAAAAUGCAGCACUGGAAAAGGUGGAGGAACUGGAGGAGCACCUGUCUCAUGUAACUGAGAAGCUUCUGGAGGUUGAGAAUGAAACAAUGAUGAAGGUGGCUGACUUGGAGAAAAUGCUCCUCCAAAAGGAUAAAGAUCUUCAAGCAAUACGGGAGACGUACGAGUCAACCAACACGCAAGUCAACACCCUGCGGAGGAUGAUCAAGGAGAAGGACGCCGCCUUCCAGAGACACUUCAACAUUGAGAGGCGGUUGCUGGAGUUGGAGCAGCAGGGCACCAUCCGCUUGCACAAGAAGGCCGACGGAGACAUUGCCAUCGAGGCUCUUGGUGUCGGAGCCUCAGGCUCAAACAAGGCGGGUGCUAGUGGCGUUGGCAUCCCCCUGACUGACAUCAGGACACUUUCUUUGGAUCCGACAACGGCCAUAACAGAACCGGGGGCACUCGAUCCUAGUUUGCCACCGGCCAGUGAGGCUCCACCGCCACCUCCUCCACCACCUCCACCUCCUCCCCCACUUCCUUCGUCCACAAGCUACAGUGCACCCACUCCGCCGCCGCCGCCCCCACCACCUCUUCCUCUCGCUCCUCCUCUACCUGAAGCUUCUCCUUCGGUUAUCUUGAGUGUCGGUCUUUCAGCUAUAAGGAUCAAGAAGCCCAUCAAGACUAAGUUUCGGCUCCCUGUCUUUAACUGGACCGCCCUCAAGCCCAAUCAGAUCAACGGCACAGUUUUUAAUGAAAUUGAUGAUGAACGGGUGCUAGAGGAACUGGAUCUGGAGAAGUUUGAGGAGCUUUUUAAAACCCGCGCACAAGGUCCUAUUUUGGAUCUGUCAUGCACAAAAAGCAAAGUUUCUCAGAAGAUUGUCAACAAAGUAACGCUGCUAGACACCAAUCGCUCCAAGAACUUGGCCAUCACGCUGAGGAAGGCCAACAAAACCACAGAGGAGAUCUGUAAAGCAAUAGAAAAGUUUGACCUAAAAGCCUUACCUGUGGACUUUGUGGAGUGUCUGAUGCGCUUCCUGCCCACCGAGGCCGAGGUCAAGCUACUGCGCCAGUAUGAACGGGAGCGGCGUCCGCUGGACCAGCUGGCCGAGGAGGACCGCUUCAUGCUUUUGUUCAGCAAGAUCGAAAGGCUCACACAGAGGAUGAACAUAAUCACCUUUGUCGGGAAUUUCACCGACAACAUCAGCAUGCUCACGCCGCAACUCAACGCGAUCAUCGCUGCUUCCGGCUCGGUCAAAUCCUCACCAAAGUUAAAAAGAAUGCUGGAGAUCAUCUUGGCCUUAGGCAAUUAUAUGAACAGCAGCAAGCGAGGUUGCGUUUAUGGCUUCAAAUUGCAAAGUCUUGAUCUGCUGCUGGACACCAAGUCAACAGACCGGAAAAUGACGCUGCUCCACUACAUAGCUCUUAUUGUGAAGGAAAAAUAUACGGAGUUGGCCAACUUUUACAAUGAACUGCACUUUGUGGAUAAAGCUGCAGCAGUGUCGCUGGAAAACGUUCUGCUGGAUGUGCGAGAGCUGGGAAAAGGCAUGGAGCUUAUCCGGAGAGAAUGUAGCCUCCAUGACCACUCGGUCCUUAAGGGCUUUGUCCAAGCCAGUGAAGCCCAGCUGGAGAAGCUACAGAGGGAUGCCAAAACAGCAGAGGAAGCCUUCAAUAAUGUGGUCAACUACUUUGGAGAGAGUGCCAAGACCACUCCACCCUCCGUGUUCUUCCCUGUGUUUGUGCGGUUCAUCAAGGCCUACAAGGAUGCCGUGGAGGACAACGAACUAAGGAAAAAGCAGGAAGAAGCCAUGAGAGAAAAGUUACUGGCUCAAGAGGCUAAACAGCAAGACCCUAAGGUUCAGGCCCAGAAAAAGAGGCAUCAGCAACAAGAGCUCAUUGCUGAGCUGCGUAAGCGUCAGGCCAAAGACCACCGGCCCGUGUACGAGGGCAAGGACGGCACCAUCGAGGACAUCAUCACAGUACUGAAGAGCGUGCCCUUCACAGCCCGCACGGCUAAACGCGGCUCACGUUUCUUCUGUGAAGCCAACCUCUGCGAAGACGCCAACUGCUAGCCCCUCCCCCUUUAACGCCAAGGUCGUCCAGAUCUGAGAAACCAGCCUUACCUGCGAGCCGAUGCCUUGAUCCGGAACGGUUGGAAGAGACCCUAAACCACUGAUUCAACACCCUCCCCUGACCCCCUUUCCCUUGUUAUAACCCUCCAGGCAAUGUUGCCCACAGUCCAUCUCGACCCUGAGGCUGCGCAUUACAAAGACUGAAAAUAAAGGUUGAGGAGGUGGGGAUGAGGACAGAGGCCUUCUUUUAGCUGGGUAAUUUAUUUAUUUAUGGAGGCCUUUUUUACAGCCACUUUAAGUGAAGCGAAACACAAAGGAUGGUUCACUUCAAGACUGUGUAUGCUAUGAGUAGGCCAGUGAGAGGAUGCCGCACGCAGCACAGGUGGGCUGAUGCAAUUUCAGCCUUGUAACUGGACAUGGAUGCAAUGGCAGGAAAAACGUCAUACACUUACUACAAUGACAUUGCAUGAGACGUUUGGGGGCCCCCUCACAUGAAGCCGUGUCUUAUUAUUAUUGCCAGUUUGUAUACUGUAUACCUGGGCUCUAAACAAAACAAUUGUUUUGCUUCAUUAUGUGCCUUUGGUGUAAACAGUGUUAUGGUUUAAUAUUUGUAUGGUAUUUUACACCUUUUAAGAAUGUAUUUCUAUUGCCUUGGACUAUAAUAGUAGCUUUAUGAUUCUGAAUCAAUAUGGAAAAAGUGCAGUUAUUUCCGAAUGUAGCAGGAUGCAAAAAUAGUGCCUCUUGCUUUGAGGGUCACGCAUGUGCCUUGUCUGUUCGUAACCAGUUUCUGCCACACAGUCUCACUUGAGAAAUAUGUAGAAGAUUCCUGGUGGACUUUUUUUCAGCCAACAUGCUGACAGAAGGAUGAAGGAUGUUUUCCAGUUUUUCAAUGGCUUUAUCUCAGGAGAGAUGGAGUGGACAUUUUUACACUAAUUCCUCCGAUUAUAUAAAUCUGAAUCUUUUCAUGUACAAUCAAAUUGAGACAAUUACUAGAGGACUGAUCAUUUUUUUGUGUAAUAAACAAGAUGAAUUAUGUAAAACCUCAUGUACAUUUCAAUUUUUUAAAGGUUAGCUUCUAUUUCACUAUACAGUGGUAUGAAAAAGUAUCUGAACCUUUUAGAAUUUCUCACAUUUCUGCAUAAAAUCACCAUUAAAUGUGAUCUGAUCUUUGUCAAAAUCACUGAUGGAAAAAAAAACAGUGCUUUAAUUAAAACCACCCAAACAUUCAGCGGUUUUCAUUUUUUAAUGAGGAUAGUAUUUAAAAAAUGACAGAAAGGGGAAAAAUAAGUAAGUGAACCAUCACAUUUGAUAUUUUUUUGGCCCCACCCAGCAAUAACUUCAACCAGAAGCUUCCUGUAGCUGGAGAUCAGUCUGGCACAUCGAUCAGGACUAAUCUUGGUCCAUUCUUCUCUACAAAACUGCUGUAGUUCAUUCAGAUUCCAGGGAUGUCUGGCAUUAUUCGCUGUCUUUAGGUCAUGCCACAGCAUCUCAAUGGGGUUCAAGUCUGGACAUUGACUUAGCCACUCCAGAACGCAUAUUUUGUUCUUCUGAAACCAUUCUGAAGUUUGAUUUACUUCUGUGUUUUGGAUCACUGUCUUGUUGCAUCAAUCCUCUUUUUAGCUUUGACAGACGGCCUCAGGUUUUCCUGCAAAACAUCCUGAUAAAGUUUUGAAUUCAUUGUUCCAUUGAUGAUUCCAAGUUGUCCUUGCCCUGAGGCAGAAAAAACAGCCCCAAAUCAUGAUGCUCCCUCCACCAUGCUUCACAGUGGGGAUGAGGGGAUGUUGGUGAGCUGUUCCAUUUUUCCUCCACACAUGACGUUGUGUGUUGCUUCCAAACAAUUCAACUUUGGUUUAAUCAGUCCACAAAAUAUUUUGACAAAACUUUUGUGGAGUGUCCAAAUGCCUUUUUGCGAACAUUAAACAAGCAACAAUGUUUUUGUUAGGCAGCAGCGGCUUCCUCUGUGGAGUCCUCCCAUGAACACCAUUCUUGGCCAUAGUUUUACAUAUAGUUGAUGUGUGCACAGAAUUUUUGGACUGUGCCAGUGAUUUCUUUAAGUCUUUAGCAGACACUCUAGAGUUCUUUUUUUUUUAUCUCUCUGAGUAUUCUGCGCUGAACUCUUGGCGUCAUCUUUGGUGGACGGCCACUCCUUGGGAGAGAACCAACAGUGCCAAACUCUCUCCGUUUGUAGACAACUUCUCUGACUGUCAAUUGAUGAACAUCCAGACUUUUAGAGAUGGUUUUGUGUCCUUUCCCAGCUUUAUACAAAUCAACAAUCCUCGAUGGCAGGUCUUCAGACAGCUCUUUUGACUGAGCCAUGAUGCACAUCAGACAAUGCUUCUCAUCAAGACAAUUCUUACCAGGUGUGUGUUUUAUAGUGGGCUCGGCAGCUUUAAACCACUCAUCAGUGAUUGAGCAAACAUCUGUAAAAAUUGGUUUCAAUUGCUCUUUAAGUCUCCUUAGGCAGAGGGUCCACUACCCCCCCGUGCCUUCUGUCAUUGUUUGCAUGCAAUCCUCAUUAAAAUAUGAAAACCAAUGUUUGGGUGGUUUUAGUUAUAGCAGACACCAUUUUUACAUCUGUGUGAUUUUGACAAAGAUCAGAUCACAUUUGAUGAUUUUAUGCAGAAAUGUUAGAAAUUCUAAAAGGUUCACAUUUUAAUACCACUGUAUUUACAUAUUUUACAUGGUAAAUAAGUUCCAACCCAAAAUAACAGACAUGAGCCAAUAUCGAUUUCUACUAUAAAAAUCCAUUUAAUUUCUUAUAUCAAAAACAAACAGAAUCAUACAAAACAAUCAGAACCAUAAGUAUCCAUGUGAGUUUAUGCCAACCAAAUGAUGGUUCUAAAUUUUAUGCGGUCAGAUGUUUAAAAAAAAAAAAAAAAAUUAAAAUGAGGGGUGAACCCACUUUCCUUUAGAAUGUACCUUGUGUUUGAGUGGUGAGCACCAAUUAUAUGGCAGGUUAGGGCUCACAAACUCAGAAUAAAGCAGCACGGCUGAGCGCGCCGCAGCGAGAACAACAUUCUUGAGACGGACAGAUGGUUAGCAUUAGCAGCAUAGCAAAGGCUUUAACAAAGGAAUGUUUAUCAGGAAGCUGAUCAGUCUCCAUCCUGGGAAUGCACUCAACUGUGAGAAUUAACCUAAAUGACAUGACCAUGUAAUUACAUGUAAUAACCAGGGGAAAAAAUAGUCUGCCAUAAACAUACGGACCUUUUCUCAAAGUACAGUUGUGUUCAAAAGAGAAUAAAAGUAACAAUUCUCAGCUAAAUGUCUUUUUCCCCCCUCACUGAACUCUGCUGUCACUUUCUACAACACAAUUUGCCGCCUACUGUAAACAAAGGCCACGGUGUCUAUCCCAGACAUUUCAACCUGGAACGUUACAAUCAUCAUCAUCAUUAUUCAGCAUUCACACACAGACAUACAUGCACUCAUUCACUGUAAAUGACUUCCAAAAUUGUUAUAAAGUACAGACUGCUAUUUGUUACUGAUGUUCCUGGGUACAUUUUGAAGACACUUUGUUAAUAGGUUUGCGUGUAUGCAUGUAUAUAUAUAUAUAAUCUAUAUGCAAAUAUAUAUUUAACUUUUCUCUGUGCAAGGAGGUAAAAGACAAUCACUUGAAUGUAGCAAGACAUCUACAAGUACAUGUCGGAUGCAGCUGGAAAAACAAAGCAUCUCAUGGUUGUAUCUGAAAGAGGGACGCCCUUUCGUUCACAACACAAGGACUUAUUUGCUUUGACAUGUUUCCUGGGAUGGAACAAUAUUGUUUUCUUUGCCUGCUAUACAUUUCAUACAAAAAAAAAAAAAAAAAAAGAAGUUCCAUUUCCAUUUGUUUCUCUUCUUUUACAUUUGCACAGAGGUAGUGGCUAAAUGCAUGAAAGAGGAGGAAGAGCUGCGAGACGGUGAGCAAAACAUGGCAAAUAAAGGAAAAUGUCUGUAAAAUGGUUCCUUUUUCAUCACCUGAUUUUUUUUUUCUUGUUGUCAGAGAACAAAAUAUAAUACUGCAAUCACUUAAAAAAGUAGUCCUUCAUUUUAUACAUUUUAUACAGUGUUCCCGAUUUGCUUUUUUUUUUUUUUUUAUGUUGCUUUUCUUUUCCGGUGGGAAAGGCAUAAGAUAUGGGAGUUUGUGAGCUCGGCACGAGCCGGGCCAACACAGUUAAGAGGGGUUGCGUGGCUCUACGCCAGGGGGUCGCUCAUGCUCUCGUCGCCCUGGGAGAGGAGCUCCUUCUUUUCGUCCGUGCUGGCCAGCGAGUUGUUGCUGUUGUGGGCGCCCAUGUAGAGGCUGGCAUACACAGGGUUGGUGAAGUU